GAGAAGUUCACGGUUAGACUGCCAACUUCCUCGGUCAGUCAACCUAAGGUCCCUAUGUCAUUCUCAUGAGCCUCCUGAGGCUGGAGCGGUGACUGACUGAAUGGCACAGGAGGCAGCCUGCAGAGCUGGCGGGUGUUGCCUGCACCACAGAACGCGAGGGGCCCUUCUGGCAGGACUCUGCUUUCUGCUGAGCUUGUCUGGAGUUGUGGCUCAGAUUGCCAAAGUUCCGUGUCCUCGGUGCCCGCUACACGGCUCCUGUGUCAACAGCACCCACUGCACCUGCAACCCUGGAUUUAUUUCUGAAUCUAAGAAGAUAUUUUUCACAUUCCCCCUGGAGAUAUGUAAAGAUAUCGAUGAAUGUAAACCACCCAUUAGCAUAUACUGUGGCUUAAAUGCUGAAUGUCAGAAUAUCGAAGGAAGUUUUUACUGUCGCUGUGUGCCUGGCUACGAGCUUCUCUCUGGAGAUGCACGAUUCAACAAUUCCAAUGAGAACACUUGUCACAGGACCACCUCCUCAAAGCCAGCCAAGGGCCACACAGAGCUGCAACAGAUUGUCAAUACCUUCAAGUCACUUCUCACCAAUCAGACUCUCUGGGGAACUGGAGGCAAGCAAGAAGUCGCAUCCACAGCCUCCUCUAUCCUCCAGAAUGUGGAAUCGAAAGUUCUAGAAGCUGCCUUGAGAGCCCCGGGUCAAAAAAUCCAGAAAGUCCAAAACAGUACUGUGGCUGUUGAAACUCGAGUGGUUUCAGACAAUUGCUCGGAAGAAAGAAAGGUCUUCCGCUUACACUCCCAGAUGAACUCCGUGGACAUCCACUGCAAGGACGUUAUCCAGGGACGACCACCGGGUACAGGUCCCAGCGCAGUGGCUUUUAUCUCCUACGCUUCUCUGGGAAACAUCCUCAAUGCGACCUUUUUUGAAGAGGCGGACGAGAAGGAUCCCUUGUACCUGAACUCCCAGGUAGUGAGUGCUGCGGUGGCACCCAGGAGGACCGCGUCCCUCUCCCAGUCUGUCGCCCUGACCUUCCAGCACUUGAAGAUGAACCCCAGCAGCAAAAAGACUUUCUGUGUCUACUGGAAGGUCACAGAGGAGGGUGGCCACUGGUCCAGGGAUGGCUGUCUCCUCGCACACGUGAACCAAAGUCACACCAUCUGCAAUUCCACGCACCUGUCCAGUUUUGCUGUUCUCAUGGCCUUCACCAGCCAGGAGGACGACCCUGUGCUGCAUAUCGUCACCUGCGUGGGACUGGCCGUCUCCCUGCUGUGCCUGGUCCUGGCGGCGCUCACCUUCCUCCUGUGCAGAGCCAUCCAGAACACCAGCACCUCCCUGCACCUGCAGCUCUCCCUCUGCCUCCUCCUGGCCCACCUGCUCUUCCUCACCGCCAUCGACAGGACCCAGCCCAAGGUGCUGUGCGCCGUGGUCGCGGGCGCCUUGCACUACCUCUACCUGGCCUCCUUCACCUGGAUGCUGCUGGAGGGGCUGUUCCUCUUCCUCACGGCGCGGAACCUGGCGGUGGUCAACUACGCCAGCGUGAACAAGCUCAUGAAGUGGCUCCGGUUCCCGGUGGGCUACGGGGUUCCCGCCGUGAUCGUGGCCGUCUCUGCGGCAUCCAGGCCUCACCUUUACGGGACACCUGCUCGUUGCUGGCUCCGCCUGGACCAGGGAUUCAUCUGGGGGUUCCUCGGCCCAGUCUGCGCCAUCAUCCUGGUGAAUUUAGUGUUUUUUGUUUCUGUCCUGUGGCUUCUGAAGAAGAAACUGUCCUCCCUCAACAGAGAGGUGUCGACCAUCCAGAACACAAGGAUGCUGACUCUCAAAGCAACAGCUCAGCUCUUCAUCCUGGGCUGCACGUGGUGUCUGGGGGUCCUCCAGGUGGGUCCCGCCAGCCGGGUCAUGGCCUACCUCUUCACCAUCGUCAACAGCCUUCAGGGCGUCUUCAUCUUCCUGGUCUACUGUCUCCUCAGCCAACAGGUCCGGAACCAGUACCGAAAGUGGUUUAGUGAUGUCACAAAAUCAAAGUCUAAGUCUGAGAUACAUACACUUUCCAGCAAGAUUGGCCCUGAUUUAAAACUCAGCGAGUGAGAACAAGUGAAGAGAUAAUACUAAAACUGGAACAUGUAGCUUCACAUGAAAGUUCAUGCCCACGGAUCUUGUUGGCAUCGCAAGAAUGAAAUGGGAUACAGUAAGGAAUGAAGCUGAACGUGGGAACUCCUUGCAUGUCAUGUGGAACAGGAAAUAUUUAACCUGUACUUCCUGAAGCAUGAGCUCUGUGUGAUCCUAAGCUUUCAAUAAAUGUGCGUUGAACUGGAUUUCUCCUGCUUACAGUGUGUUCAGCCAAUGCCUGCCCCCGGGUACCCACAACAGGGCUGGUGCAAAUUCUUCCUUGACUUUUUGCAAAUGAGGAUGCCUUUUGUCAGGUUCUUAACUUGCUCUUUAAAUUCAUUUAGCCCCUUAAACCAUCAGCUCCUCCCAAUGCUUCUCAUAAACGAGCACCUUCUUACUGGCUUCGCCUCUUUUUGUGUCCAGGAUAAGUCACAUGACAUCUC